AUGGAUACCGACGACAACGUACCGCUGGCUGGGUCGACGGCCUCGCAACUGGCUGGUGUAAGGCCCGCACCCGUGCAGCGAGCGCUCGGCACGCAACCCCGUGCAGCUACUACGGAACCGAGACCGCCCGCACCUGCGACCUUGGAGGGUUCGGAUCUGUUGCGAGACGCUGAAACUCUUUUUGAACGAAGCUUGAAAGAAAUGAUCAGCGUGUUCGGAACAGCUGAUGCUGUUGAAGCAUCCACCGGCAACUCCGAUAGUCCUGUACUAGAGUUGAAGCAGCGGCUUGCAAACAUCGCCAGUGAAGCUUCCUCCUUUCCUUUUCUACGCGAACUGACAACCACCUCGGAUGAUCAUGUAACUCGGUUUGCAGUGGACCAGAGCUCAGCCAUCGAUAAUACAGCGCUCGUAGCCGACACAGUCGCUCGAUCCAUGCGGGAAGGAAGUACCCUCAUCGACUGGCAACAUGUUCAGGAAAUGCUCGCUUCCAUCGAUGAAUGCAUUCAUCGAACACUCUGCCAACAUCGUCCAGAGCUUUUAAAACCGCUGGCCGGCAUGCAGCAAAAGAUCGGUGAGAUCGAAGCACGACUUGACGACUUGCUCAAUGACUUUGCAGAGGCCGAUUGUUUGUAUCGGCAGGAAACCGCCGAAUGGCAUCAGCUGGAGGCACUUCAAGGAGAGAUCAGGGAUCUGACUGAGGCGGAACGAGUCUUGAGGUGUACGAUUUUCAUCCUGGGCAAACUCGAACAUUUCGAGCAGACGUACCUUGCAGUGCUGGACCGCCUCGCGGACUCGCAGCAGUCAGCGACUGCGAGUACCUCGCACCCUGUACUUGCAGAUCAUGCCGCUUCGUUAAGCCAGGCGGCAGCGCUGCUCAGUGAUUUGUUCGAGCUCAUGCGGCCGGAGCUAUUCGAAACAGUGCCAUGGAUGUCUGCGGUCAUCGAGCGAGGCAAAAGCUACAGCAGACGCGUUUACAUGCUCGGGUUUGAGCUUCUCGAGCGUGCUGCUUCAGUGCGCGACUUUGCUGCGGCCCAACGGCUCGGAUCAGCGCUAGCACUAGCGGAGGGUUUCGUGAGCUUCCUCGAUGCGCUGGAGGCGGAAGCACAAACGCGAGCCGCCGACUUGGUAUCGCUUCUCGAUCCAGGGCAUGCACUAGCAAUGACAUCUGGUGCAUCGCGGAACACGCGGAAUUCCGAUGCAGCGCACGGCUUGGAAUCGAUGCAAAAAGCGGUCGACUCGAGAGAAACGAACUUGCUGGUGGAUCAGGAGCUGCUGGAGAACGCCGCACUCUUGAACAUGCUGUGGAUGGCGGCACCGGCCGAUGAUAUCCCCGCUGUGCCCGACGCCGUCACCCCGAUGACAGCUCAUGUGGGUGAGCACCUAAUCGACCAGUAUCGACAAAACGCCAAAACAUUCUACAUAGAAUUAACCGAGUAUCUGGAUCGCCUCAGUUUCCUGGAAGAGGUCCUGAGCACGAGCACCCACUCAACUAGGUUCGAUUGUGUGCAGCAGGCCUCGAAUGCGUCCGGUUUCGAAAAGCAGAGCGUUCCAGCGACAAGGCGAGCAAUGCCGCGAGAGGUCUUCUUCCGAGACCUCACCACUAGACUCGUAACGCUAUACGAGCGACUGAACUGCGUACAGGAUCAGCAUGAGCGCGUCCCAGGGACAAGCGCACGCUCCCUCGUCGCUAUCUGCUACCCGCUGCUCGGUGAGGCGCUUCGCACCGCCGCGCGGCAUUGUCUCUUGAAGAAUCACUAUGCACCGGACACUCCAGUGGUCGAGGGCGAGGUCACAGCUCAUGAAUCGUUCCAUCAGCUUGACGAUUUUCUAGAGCGUCUCGGGAACGCGUUCAGUGAUCUUGUCGAGAAGGCAUGGGCGCGCAGGUUUGCACGCGUCAGUAACCUCCAAGGAAUCGAAGAUGAAUCCCGAGAAUCGUCUCCAGUGCGACUCGGAAUCAUCCACACAAAGUACGGGGUGGCGAAGCAGUUGCGGCAGUGCCUGCGCCUCGCUUGGGCUUAUCGGAAUGCGCUGCCCGCGCUCGAGCGUCUGAUGCGCAGGGUCGCAUCGACGUUGCUGGUACGAAGCAAGUUGCUCUGCGAGCGGCUUCAUCAUUACAAGCAGACCCAGAAACUGGAAGUUGUCUCGAUGCUCUUGAGCGUACUCGUGUGCUUGUGGUCGUUGCGGGAGAGCGUGUGCGAAAACCUCCACGGAUACGAUCUUGCCCUGGACCUUGUGUCCUCGGAGAGCGAGACCUCUGCUGAUGUCGCUGCUGACGAGCCGGUCCACGCCUGGUUGCGAUAUCGCGACCAGAUCGACCAGUGUGGGCGGGAUGCAACUCGGACCCUGCUCGAGCUCGUCGCGAAUCAGGUGGAAGCUCAACUCCAUCUGGCGCUCGCUAGAAAGCAGCAUCAGCCCGAGGACGUCAGGAAAUCGGGCUCCCAGCUCUGGGCGGGAGUCACGGAAGCGUCGAUGCUGCUUCGUCGAUUUGGGGUACUGCUGCACAGCUGCCUACCGACGUCUUCAAUCUGGAUGGACUGCCUACGAGAGGCGCUCCUGGAGCCACUUGAGGAGGCACUCGUCUACUGUGUGGUGCUGCGACCUAUCAAUACCGUUAAGGACUUGAACGAACUGCGACGAAACUUGCUUCCGCUGUGGCGCUUGACGCUCCUCGGACUGGCGUCGGGCGGGCUGCCCGACCAACAGCGGACAUGCCCCGAACAAUUGCAAACGCUGACUCGUUUCGAGCACUUGAUCGAGCUCGAAUGUGAAGAAGCGGACGCUGGCAUUUCAGAUAUGCAAAUCGGACUCCCCGUCCAUGUACUUGCUCUAUUUGCCAUCUCUCGAUCGGACGAGCGGAUCUUGCAACCGCAUAUUCGCUUACAGUGGUCCAUGGAGAGGUACCGGACCUGGCUGAAAUGCCACAUCGCAGACGAGCGUACGAUUUGGGGGAGUAUCGAACCGAGUAUUCGACUCUACGGACAACAAGUGCAACAAAGCUCGGACAACGCGUUUAUUCCCCAGUUUCGAAUUUUACAGCAUCUACGGCAUCGUCUGGACUCGGAGACAAUGCCCGAGAAAAACUCUCCCGAUGUUUGCGUUGAGAAAUCAGCACCAUGCAGCGGGCAGCCUCGGGAUACGAACGACUCUUGA